AAAGGGUCAUACAACCUACAGCCAUUAUAUUACCUCAUGGCUGGCAGCAGUGUGGAUAGGUGUGGUUGUCUCUCCUCUGAGGGGAGGUGGACCAGGAACUCCCUCGUAGCUGCAGGGGGGAGGGGAUAUAACAGAUAGUCAGGAGUUCCUUUGCCAGUUGCUCCUCUCUGAUCUUACUGUGGUCUGCCAACUCCCUCCAGAGCAACUCUUUGUUAUCCAUUAGCCAAUCAUUUCAGCCAAGCAGCUGAAAAAAACAAAGGGUAAAGGUUCACUACACAAUCAACAUCAAGUGAGACAAGUGUACUAGCUCUGAUAAAGGGGUUAUAUUAGCACAAUUUACACAGCAUGCUUAGGCCAAAAAAAUAAAUAGCAAGUGUAAAUAAGGUAUGUAAGGCCGCCCACCGGAGUACUCGUUUGAUUGAGUAUUAUUCAUGUUUACGAAAACAGGAAGUGUAAUUAUAAAAGAAGCUAUGAUAUCAUAGAUAAUAGAGCCUAUAUGAUAAAUAAAGGAAGUGAACAAAGAGAAGUUGUCUAGUCAUUAAUCACAUUGAAAUGCAACCUUCUGAGAGACCAUCAGGAAUUAAAUAAGAGAUGACACUAAUAGAGAUAAAGCUCAUUAGAGUUCUUCUGAUUUGCGUUCUGGCUGGCUUCAGCACUGCACAAUAUUCAGUGAGUGUGGAGAGACCAUGUCCAAUGGAAACAGUCACUUUCACCUGCACUGCUGCUGGAGAUUCCUUGAGAUGGGAACCGUCAGAUGCAACUCGCACAAUCGCUGUUCGCUCCACCUCUGAUCUCAAUGUAGCCAAUGUUGUAUCAGGUUACACUGUGACACUGAUUGCAUUCAACAACACUACUUUAACGUCUACUCUGUCAAGAACAGCAGAGAAUGGGACCACUGUGUCCUGUGUGGGUAUUGUGCCUACUCUAAUCACUAUAGGAUCUUCAACAAUCCGAUUGGUUGAUCCACCAGGACCACCAGGACCACCGUCCACCAUUAAACACUCCCCUUCAAGCAGCUCAGCCCAUGAAGUCAGUGUGUCUGUACAGUGGGGCCCUCCUACUGAGACUGGUGGUAGAGAUGACCUCACCUACACAGUGACCAUCUCACCUCCGGCCCAGCUCUCUGCUACUGUCCUCACAUCCACCUCUGUCACUGUGACUGCUCAAUACAAUGUGGACUACACUAUCAGUGUUGUGGCCAGCAACUGUGCUGGGAGCAGUACAACAGCUGAUUACAACUUUAGGAUCAGCAAUUGUCCUGUGUUAAUCGACCCCAUGAAUGGAGCGUUUGGACCUGUUUCAAGCAGAUUGCCAGGAUCCAUAGUAACCAUCCAAUGUAACGUUGGGUAUGUAUCUCCUGUUGCUAUGGUGACAUGUCAGGGUACACUAAUGUGGAGUCCCAACCCUGAGGCUAUUGAGUGUACAUCACUACCCACACUCCCUCCCACAACUCCUCCAAUGAAGUGCAUGGUUCCACUAUCGCCACCCCAGAAUGGCACCAUCAGUGGUCAUUCAAUACCAGCUAUUCCCGGUACACGUGUGACCUUCCAGUGUGACGAUGGACUGUUCCCUGAGGGCAUUAUGAUUGUCACCUGUCUAGCUACAGGAGAGUGGGACAAGAUCCCGGGGAAGAUCGUCUGCAGAAAUGAGUCUAUUUCUUGUGCCUUACCUGCCCCUCCACUCAAUGGAGCUUUACUCAACACCAACUCUCAGAACACUAACCUAAUUGAGGGUUCAGUCAUUGCCUUUCAAUGUGAUCCUGGGUUCUCACUGGUGGGUGCAGCGACUGCCACUUGUAACAACUCCGGUCUCUGGGAUCCUGACCCAGCUCUGUUGGAGUGUAUAUCUAGAAGUUUUCAGUCACUCAUCCUAUUUACCAGAGAGAUUCUUUCUAUCAGUGUGGUUGUCACUGCAGUUGCUUUCACAGUCAUUGGGUUUCUCGCUGGACUCUUAGUGAUGCACCUUUGCUCUCGUAAAAAGACGGCAGUGUACUCCCCUGCAGCUAAAGAGCAAGCUAACGUAAGACCCACUGCACAGCCAGCUGGUCCUGUUUAUGAGGAGGUGUCACCCAAAGAGGAGAUUGAACUCAACACUAACCAGGCGUAUGGACCAGUGGGACUGUAAAACUUAUAAGACUAUAAUACAGUGAUUCCCACAGGCAUAACUAACGGUUAAAAUAUAACUUCUGUAUGAUUUAUUAUUACUGUGGAAAGUUGGUAUAGAAUUGGCCUCACCAAAAAGUGUGGAAACAAGAAAACAGGCGAAAGCAUAACGGCAAUGUGACCCGGGCCAUCCGUAUAUAGGCAUACUGCUGGGGUGGACACUCUGGUACUAUCAGUGUGGUUGUCACAGCAGUUCGAUUUCCAAUCAUUGGAUUGCUGAUAGGACUCUUGAUAAUGUAUUUGUUCAUGCGUAAAAAGGCAAUGUACUCCCCGGCAGCUGAUGGACAAGCUAAUGUAGGACCCACUGUACCAGCUGGUCCUGUUUAUGAGGAGGUGUCUCCCAAAGAAGAGAUUGAACUCAAUACAAACCAGGCGUAUGGACCAUUAGGACUGUGAAACUUCUGGUAAUUUUCAUCAACAGUUAUAAUUAAUGUAGAUGUACAUGUAUACAAUUAUUAUAGCACUACAUCCGUUCAUUAGGAACAAUGUAAACAGUAACAUAUGUUCAUUA